CGGGGCUCCCGGUCUUAAAGUUACACGGUUAAAAUAAUGACGGAGUUUUCCAAGGUGCUUCAGGAAAGACAAUCCGAAAAGAGAAAUGCAGCCCGGUUAUCUGGGGAUGAGGACUCUCCCCUCCUCCUUCCUCCUCCUUCCUCCUCCUCCUCCUCCGCGUGCGCGCGUGCUGCGUCAGAGCGCGGAGCGGCUCGGGGUGAUCCCCGGGUUUAUAAGCGCAGGAGUUUCUCAGUGCGUCACAGCGAGCCGAGCAGCCAGGAUCCCCCGGCCCGGUCCCGGUCCCGCUCCGCCCGGGAUAGAGAGAGCCAGGAACCGACCGCCUGUUUUCUGCCAGCGGAGAGUUUUCCUGCUUUUGGACUUUGUUCUGGUUCGGAGCAGAUGCCGUGGUUCUGACCCGGUUCGAACCACGCAGCAGCUGGAGCAGCUCCUGUAUGGAGGAUCUGAACUUUUACCACAGAGGAGAUGAAAUCUGCAGAGGAAGAUGCCUUCGGCUUCUUGCCCAGCGUCAGCCUGUCCGGCCCUCUGGCCUCCCAGUUUCUCCAGUCCAGCCCCACCAUAUCCGUGUCCGUGGCGAAGUCUGAGACCUUUGACCCCCGUGACGACCCGCAGACAGCCGGCUUCUACCCGCCGGUGUGCCCGGACGCCGGCACGGCCCUGGAGGGCCCCCGCAUCGAGAUCACAGCCUACGGCCAGUCGCCCGAGGACGAGCCGCAGCGGGGCGGCAUCCCAGCCGCCCGGCGGGUCGCCUCCAUCAUGACGCUGCCGCUACCCGGCGCCGACCUCUACCGCGACCCCAGCUGUCUGAGCCCGGCCAGCAGCGUGUCGUCCCGCAGCGGGCUCUCGGACGCCUCUUUCGAGUCCGGCUUCUCCUACAACUACGACAACUCGCCCCAGAACUCGCCCUGGCAGUCCCCUUCCGUGUCCCCGAAGGGCUCCACCCUGGCCCUGCCAGAGGACGCCGCCGCUACCUCCCCCCGCGCCGAUGCGACAGACGACGGCUGGACGGUGCCACGAGGGUCCGGGCCCGGCUCGCCCUGCGGAGCCAAGAGGAAGUACAGUCUGAACGGCUUCCCGCCGCCGCCCCCCAACCCCUCGCCCCGCGCCUCGCCUCGCCUCAGCCUGGCGGAGGACAGCUGGCUGCCCAUCACCAACCAGUACACCAACUCCGCCAUCUUGGCCGCCAUCAAUGCCCUCUCCACCGACGGCAUGGCCGACCUCGGCGACGGCGUCCCCAUAAAGGCCCGGAGAACCAGCCUGGAGCUCAGCCCCACCGUCGGCCUGAAGCUGGAGCCACAGCAGGACGAACGCCCGGCCCUGAAGAAGGAAGGCUACUUCCUGGACGUUCCUCAGAACCCGUUCGGCUGGACGAAGCCCAAGCAGUUCCUCAGCCCGUCUCUGCCGGCGCUGGACUGGCAGCUGCCCAGCAGCUCCGGCGCCUACAGCCUGCAGAUCCAAGUCCAGCCCAAGUCGCACCACCGGGCGCAUUACGAGACGGAGGGCAGCCGCGGCGCGGUGAAGGCGCUGGCCGGCGGACACCCGGCGGUCCAGCUCCACGGCUACAUGGAGAGCGAACCUCUGACCCUACAGCUCUUCAUCGGCACGGCUGACGACCGGCUGCUGAGGCCCCACGCCUUCUACCAGGUCCACCGCAUCACGGGAAAGACGGUGUCCACGCCGAGCCACGAGGUCCUGCACAACAACACCAAGGUGCUGGAGAUCCCGCUGCUGCCGGAGAACGACAUGCGCGCCAUAAUCGACUGCGCGGGAAUCCUGAAGCUCCGUAACUCCGACAUCGAGCUGAGGAAGGGCGAGACGGACAUCGGCCGGAAGAACACGCGCGUUCGGAUGGUGUUCCGGGUUCACAUCACCCAGCCGGGCGGCAGGACCGUCUCUCUGCAGGUCGCAUCCAACCCCAUCGAGUGCUCCCAGAGGUCGGCGCAGGAGCUGCCGCUGGUGGACAAGCAGAGCCUGGAGACGAGCCCGGCCCCCGGGGGGGGCACCAUGGUGCUGGACGGACUCAACUUCCAGCACGACUCCAAGGUGCUGUUUGUGGAAAAGGCUCAAGACGGCCACCAUGUCUGGGAGAGCGAGGCCGCGGUGGAGAGAGACGCGCUGAGGCCGAACUCGCUGCUGGUUGAAAUCCCGCCGUACCGGACGCAGCUCCUCACCGCCCCCGUUCACGUCAACUUCUACGUCAGCAACGGCAAGAGGAAGCGGAGUCAGCUGCAGCGCUUCUCCUACGUUCCCACCAACGUUCCGACGAUAAAGACGGAGCCGCAUGACGACUACGGCGCCGCCCUGCCGUGCAGCCAGCAUGCGCCGCUGCACCCGAAGGCAUAUUACGGCGCCCAGGUCGCCCCCCCGGUGACCUCCGACCCCAGGCCGUGCGUUGUGGGCGGGGCUUACGGCCGCUCGCCCGCCUCCAGCCCCAAACUGCCGGAUCUGUCUCCGUUCUCCAGGCCGCCGCCCGCCCACGCCUCCAUCAUCCAGGAAGCCCCCCGCCGCCUCCCCUCGCCCACAGACUCUCCGACCUCGACCCCGUUGCCCCAGACCCCGGCCCGGCCCGCCGGCCCCCAGCAGACUCCUGAACCUGCAGGGCGGGUCCGGGAGGGGGGCGUCAGCAUCAAGGAAGAGCCGCAGGAGCUGGACCAGAUGUACCUGGAUGAUGUCAACGAGGUCAUCAAGAACGACCUGAGCAGCGACCCCGCCCACAGCCGCGCCUAAGCCCCGCCCACAGCCGCGCCCAUCCUGACAUGAUGCUCCCCCUGCAGCCUGCAGGAGGAAAUGCGACCAGAUCGACUGUGACGGUUCUCCAGGGUCCAAAUGUGCCUUCAGGUUCGGAUCUUCCAUGUUUUCCGGUUGGUUUUUCCCAAAUCCACUCCGUGAGCGACCGGUCCUCACAGCGGAUGAUUCUUUCUGAAGCGGUUUUCGCCGCAGCGCUCUGAAAAGUGCCUUUAAACUGGAAACCAGGAGAAACAAACUGGACAGUUCCUGUUUGGAUCAAAGGAACCUCAGUUCUUCUGAACAUCAGUUCACUUAGAGCUUCUUUGGUUCCUGCUGCCGCCAUGUUUGUUUCGUCUGCUGGGAACUAAAACGUGAAAAAAAAGUUUCCCUUCAGCACCAAAACACGUCCAAUCAGGGCUCAGUGUCCACCAUGAAACCUGCAUGGUCCGUCCAGCACAAACUGGCCUCCUUUGCACAUGUUGGCGUCGUCCUCUGCUGGCUGGGAGGCAGAAUGCAGCUGCAGAGGAAACUAAAUAAUAAAACUUAACUGAUUUAAAACUUCACUAAAUUUUGCAACAAAUCCAGAAAUUCAAACAUAAAUAUGUUUUGUAAACACAAUAAUUCUCAUUCAAAUUUUUGAAAAACUAAACAAUUCUCUUAUAAUUAGCUGCUUGGAUCAAAUUAAAAUAAUUAAUUUGAACUGAAUUCAAAAUAAAACGGAUGGAUUUCAUGUUUGCUUCUUUAUUUAUUUAAAAUUGUUUGCAGAUUAAAAUAAUUUAUCUGUAAUGAAACUAAUCAAGCAAUAAUUGACUUUUCAGGAAACUUGGAGUUUGUUUCUAUAACAAGAUGAUCAUUUUAAAUGGACUGUUGUUUUUUAGAUCUUAAUUAAUUAGAUUUCCUGAUCAAUUUAUCAACAUCAGGGAUUGAAUAUUUUGAUCUUAAGGUUUCUGCAGUUUCUUGUCCUUCAGUCUGUUUUUAUACCAACCUGCAUUUUUAUACUUUUCACAUCAUUUCAAAACUUCAAAGCUGCAAAGUUUUAAAAUCUUUGAACUUUAUUUUUGUUUCUUUUCUCUGAAUUUGUGAGUUUCUGAGAUGAAUCUGGUUUUAAUGAUUGAAUCUGUUUGCACUGAAGCAGUUAGUGACAUGACCUUUACCAGCCACCGUACUGCGCUUUGCUUUUUCUCCUAUAAAUAUUCUUAACAGGAAGAGGAAGUGAUGUCACAUGUGGAUUUCAAACUGAUUCUUGAAAACUUGACCUGCUGCUUUUCUAAAAGCUGAUGUGGAGAUUUUACGACGCAAACGGCAGUUUAAAUACUUCAUGUUUAUCAUCCUGUAUUUAUGAGUCUUAUUCUGUUUAAUGUCGCUGAUCAGGAUGUUUCAAUAAAAACUAAUUCAUGUUUCA